AUUGAAAAUGUCAAAAACAUAUGAUUUGGAUUCUGUUGCGUUGACGAAUUUUAUGUUUAAUUCUAGAUAAAUAGUUUGUAGAGUGACUGCUAGCAAUAUGCUUACCCUGUGGAAUUUAUUUGAGGCCUCGUUACUGUGUUUGAAUGCAGUGUGUGUGCUACACGAAGAGAGGUUCAUGCAAAAAAUGGGCUGGGGAGCAAAUAGUCAAAACCAAGGCUUUGGAGAUCAGUCUUCAGUUAAAUCUCAAAUACUUAAUUUAGUAAGAUCUAUAAGAACAGUGACAAGGAUUCCAUUGAUAUUUCUGAACAUAUUGACUAUUAUAUUUAAGUUGUUACUGGGGUAACAGAGCAGCAGUAUAUGUAUUGAAAUGAAAAUACAUGUCAAUAGUUCUACUUUUUGUACUUUAUAAAUAACAUACACUUUUCCUACU